CCCGGCACGGCAAAGCGAAAAAGCGGCGGCCGGCGAGCAAAAGAGAGCGGGGGGAAUCGAGUUGGCGUCGGGUGGGCAGCCUGGCAUCCCAUUCCUGCCUUCCUUCCUCCCCGACGACCCAGACCAGACGGACUAUUUUUUUCCUCCUCACCCGCACUGCCACUGAGACUGACUGCACGCUCUCCGACUCCACUCUGCCACUCCCGCGGUGCCGACCCAGCCUCCUUCGGCGGGCUCGAUGCGGCGGCGCCUCGCGCCGGCGCUGCUCUUCACCGCCGCGGUGCUUCUGGCGGCGCGCCCGGGCCCAGCGGUGAUCGCGGCAGAUUGCCCCUUAGAUUUGAGUUGGCCCAACUACGGACUGAUAGCUUCAGUGUGCUCGGACCAAAAUGGACACUCAAAGUGUUGCCGCUACAUCAAUGCUGUUCUCGCGGUCUCAUCUGCCAUGUAUGCAAACACAACAGGCACCCUUGGGGUUCCGGCUCAAAUUUCUGAUGCCUGCAUUGCCAAUAUCUCUGAUACAUUGGUGUCCAAGGGGAUACUGCCCACUGCCGCUUCGUUUUGUGGCCUUGGGAUCAAAAUUCAGGUGUCCUAUCAGUGUGUUGGGAUGACCACCGUCCUUGAGAUGUUGCAGUCUCCGAAUUUCAGCGAUGUCACAAGAAGCUGUGCAACUACACUUUCGGAUGAUAUCACUUGCAAGAGGUGCUUAAACUCUGGUCUGUCGUACCUCCGCCAUCUUAUCGGGGAACCAGAUAAUGUCACGUUGAAUACCUGCCGUGAUGCUGCUUUUGUUGCAUUUGUGAGUCAAGGGAAUAUAUCUACCAUUGAUACGGCUGGUUGCUUUUUUAGCGUUCAAGGGCUUAGUGCUCUUCAAGCGAACAUCUCUGGACCGGCUCCAGCUGGACUUGCCGUGCCCGAUAUUUCUCCUAGUCCACUUACAGUGCAAGUUCCUGUAGUACCACCCAAGCAUCAUCGCAGUUACAAGCUUGUUCUAUUCCCAGCAAUUGGAGCUUUGGUUACUGGAGUAGCAAUUCUACUAAUGAUAGUACUGAUUUUCCUAAUCCGUAGAAAGAAUAAAGAACUCAAAAAGCUGGAAGGAAAUAACCCUCUGGAUGCAUGGAGUUUUUCCUGUGUCAAGAAGGGCCAAGAAGGCAAUUCCACCAUUUUUGGCAGAUUUAGUUACAAAGAAAUGAAGAAAGCAACAAGGAACUUCAGCACAGUGUUAGGAGGAGGUGAAAAUGGUACAGUAUUCAGAGGACAACUAAAUGAUGGAUCUGUGGUUGCUAUCAGACACGUUGAGUGUUCACCAAAACAAAGUCAACAUGAAUUUUGUAAAGAAAUGGAAUUUCUUGGGCGAUUGCAUCAUCGGCAUCUUGUUGGACUAAAAGGUUUUUGUUCAACAAGAUUUGAGAGGUUUCAGGUGUAUGAAUACAUGGAAAAUGGAAGCCUUCAAGAUCACCUACAUUCGCCAAGUAAACACCUGCUACCAUGGAAAAAUAGGGUCCAAAUUGCCAUCGAUGUUGCUAAUGCUUUGGAGUACCUUCAUUUUUAUUGUGAUCCUCCACUAUACCAUGGAGACGUUAGGCCUAGCAAUGUCUUCUUGGACAAGAAUUACCUUGCAAAGCUUGCUGGUUGCGGUCUUGCACACCACUCUAGUAUUGGCAAUGCAACUCCCAGUCGCACCCCAGCAAAUGUCAAGAUCCAAGCAACUCCUGGCUACGUAGACCCCGAGUACAUGGUGACCCAGGAGGUGACCCCGAAGAGCGACGUGUACAGCUACGGCGUGCUGUUGCUGGAGCUGGUGACGGGGAAGCCGGUGAUCCAGGACAACAAGAGCCUGGUGGAGUGGUCCCGCGAGCUCAUCGGCACGGACUACCGUCUCCACGAGCUGGUCGACCCGUCGGUGGCGGACGCGUUCGACCUGGACGAGCUGCAGGUGGUGGCGGACGUGAUCCACUGGUGCACGCACCGGGACGGCGCGGCGCGGCCGUCCAUGAAGCAGGUGCUCCGCAUCCUCUACGAGCGGCUGGACCCGCUGUCCGGGCGGUUCGCGCGCGCCGUGGAGGGCGAGGAAGGGUACUACUACUACAGCCACGGCGGCCGGCGGGUGAAGGGGAAGCAGGCAGGCGGCGGCGGCGACUUGUCGUGGCUGCCGUCGUCGAGCAGCACGUCCAGGUCGCACUGCAGCCGCAGCGUGCUGCUGGAGUGCAACUCGCCCGAGCCGGAGUCGUCCCCGGCCCACGGCAACGCCGCGUUCCUGGCCUGAUAAUACCGGCCCGUCACCCGUGCUGCGCGUCCGUGUUUUGGUCUGCACUGCACUGGAGCUGGCGCUGCACCUGCACUGCGCCCAUCCGUUGCGUCGGCAGUUCUGCAGGUCUGGCUGAUGCGGUGCCAGCUGCGAUUUUUUGAGGAGACUUUUCGUGGUGAUUUUCUGGUGACGAGUGCCGACCGACGGAUCCUGCAACGAGAUCGGGAGGGAGUGGAGCCGGCAUGUGAGCCAGGAGGCAGAGAGUGAUGGGAGCACAACUGUGCGAGGUGGCACGCGUGAGAGUUUACUGACUGCUGUCUCGGUUCGUUUCCCUAGGUGUUGGUUGUUUGUUUUUCAUUGAUCACUGCAUUGAUGUGCUUCGGGAACAUGGCUGCAUCGUGACACAGAUUUCACUGACGAAUUGUUGUCAACUAACGACUAGACUAAAAAGAUUUAUCUCUAGAUUUAUAAACUAUAUAAUUAAUUUUUGUUUUCGUCUA